GGCGCUACGACAGCCCUCUGCUGCCCAGAUGGCAGUUGCAGUGUCAUCAUGCCGAGGUCAUGCAACAUCAACUGGCUAGACGUUGAGCAAUUCCCCGACGCCCCGAUAGUCUCUAGCGCGCUUGACUAUAAACUACCGAGUUGCGGCAAGGACAGCUCGGGAGAACAAACUUGCUGUCCAUUUGGUUACUCUUGCGGUCAGAAUGGGACAGUCUGCGUUCUAGAAAAAGACCAGAGGUCUUUGAAGGCGAAGAAAAGCGACGAUUUCUUUUCCCGGACGCAAACAGACAGCAGCAGUAGUACUCUGCCGACGGCAACGGCAACAAGCACGAGCCCGACGAAGGCGCCAAGCACUACGGCCGCAGACUCUGCCCCGGAACAGACCACAGGAGCACAGACUGAAGGUGACGGCGGCAAACAAACAAACUCAUCUACAGUCGGCAUUGCCGUUGGUUCUGCUCUGGGCGCCGCUGCCAUGAUCGGGGUGAUGCUGUGCCUAGCAUGGAAGAAAUAUCGGAUUUCAGAGUCUGUGUCAAGACUCGGGCACCGUCACAGUCAAGAGAAACAUCAACGGCAUCGGCGCUUUCUCCCAUCAUGGGUUUGUCGAAACUUACAAAGGGGCGAACACAUUGAUCAGAUGCCAACACCCCCUCCUCCUGCAUAUGCCCCAUAUCACCUCGAUCUGGACAAGUGUAGGCGGGUGCCGCGCCGCAAGACCGUUCCGCCCUCCCGCAACAAGACUCCUGCGCAGGUCACGCAAGAGUGUUCUCCAGUUGAGCUGCCGGCAUCGCCCGUUUCUUUCAGCUUUUGGAACACAACGAGGGCGUCUCAGCGGAGCACCUUCUUCGCAAAGACUAGAGUGAGCCUGUCGCGACCACUGCCAAGGCAGCAGCCGCCACCAAGAGGACCACACAAUUCCGAAUACCCUGACUUCUUCUGAGGCUUAUUUUGUUUGCCUGCAAUAGUGGGCAGCACCUUGAUUGAUGAUUUUAUUCCCAAUCUUCUUUCCCUCUUUCUUUUGGUGUUUCUUUGUAUAUCC